GGGGAGCUCCGGCGGCCGGCAGCGGGGCCGGGCCCGGGAAUGCGCAGCGGACGGGCCGGACAGAGGCCGGGCGGGCCCUCGAGGGGGAGGCCCGGACGCCAUCUCCGCCGGCGAACCCCGGGGCCCACCGACCUCCCAGCAACGCCUCUCUUCCCCAGGGCGGCCUUAGUGGACUGCUCUUCCAGAGUCAUCCAUCUGAGAACUGAUUUUGCCACUGAAAGUAUGACCAAAGAAUGGUUACUGGGAAAUAUGGAUGGAGCUUGGACUCAUGGACGGGGAUAUGAGGCUCCUCACGGAUCACAUCCAGGAUACCAAGUUACAUUUAGUCAUCGUGUCUCCUUAGGCCCUCUUGACUGUAACAGUUUCUCAAACUUUCCUUAUUUUCUAUAUCCUAAACCUCAGUUUCCUCCUUACGUCUCCCUGUAGUCAAGCAGUAUUCUGGGCCAAGAGAUUCUGAGAGGACUUCCAGAUUUGGGGGUGAAGUAGUGGGUGAGGUGUGUACAACGGACAGAGACUCAAUGUCACUUCUGGAAUACAGGUGUGGAAAUGAGAAGAACUCAGGUAGACCCAGGGGUUUAGGAGAACAAAAAGAGGCCAGGAAAGAGAAAACCUAUUGCUGAACGCCACACCUUUGGUGUGCCUACUAACUACGGGUAAUGAAAGGGUGUCGGAAAGUGAUUUAAAUGCUCGGUCGAUAGUGACGUCACUGGACGAUGCCUGAUAGCGGGAGACCUUUCGAGAGCCUUUCUCCUUAAGCCCCCCGAGUCUUUGCGAUGCCUCAGCUCCUAGUAGUCUUUCCCUAAAGGAGAGAAACAAUGCGAGCUGACCAGCUUCGUCUCUUGGGUUCCUCGCUUAGCGUCCUCGCUAGCGGAGUCCAAGGAACUACAAUUCCCAGAAGACAUCGUGGCAUGAGCGAUCUCUUGCUGCAUUCCUAUUGGUUCAUAUUUGUUACUCCCAGCCAAUAGAAAAUUAGCUCUUUGAUAAGUGCCAAAAUGGCGGUACCUAGGAUCUAGAACUAGAUUGUCCGUUUUGCCUCCCUUAAAUCUUCCUGUAUCUUCUCCAUUCCAUUUAACUCUGUGCUGCACCGCCCCCCCCCCCGCCCUCCGUUCUUUUCCUCAGAAUCCCCUCGCCCCUUCUCUAGCUCGACUUCUCCCACCUCAAGGCUGACCGCCACCGGCCCCGCCUCCUCAGAGUAAAAUCAUGAAGGUGGUGAACCUGAAGCAAGCCAUUUUGCAAGCUUGGAAGGAGCGAUGGAGUGACUACCAGUGGGCAAUCAACAUGAAGAAAUUCUUUCCCAAAGGAGCCACCUGGGACAUUCUCAACCUAGCAGAAGCACUACUGGAGCAGGCCAUGAUUGGACCUUCCCCCAAUCCUCUCAUCCUGUCCUACCUGAAGUAUGCCAUUAGUUCCCAGAUGGUGUCCUACUCCUCCGUCCUCACAGCAAUCAGCAAGUUUGAUGACUUUUCCCGGGACCUGUGUGUCCAGGCUUUGCUGGAUAUCAUGGACAUGUUUUGUGACCGACUGAGCUGUCACGGCAAAGCGGAGGAGUGCAUCGGGCUGUGCCGGGCCCUUCUCAGCGCCCUCCACUGGCUGCUGCGCUGCACCGCAGCCUCUGCAGAGCGGCUCCGGGAGGGGCUGGAGGCCGGCAGCCCAGCGGCUGGUGAGAAGCAGCUUGCCAUGUGCCUGCAGCGCCUGGAGAAGACCCUCAGCAGCACCAAGAACCGGGCCCUGCUCCACAUCGCCAAACUAGAGGAGGCCUCCUCCUGGACUGCCAUCGAGCAUUGUCUCUUGAAGCUUGGGGAGAUCCUGGCCAGUCUCAGCCACCCCCAGCUCCGGAGCCAGGCUGAGCAGUGUGGCACGCUCAUUAGGAGCAUCCCCAGUAUGCUGUCCGUGCACUCUGAGCAGCUGCACAAGACUGGCUUCCCCACCGUCCACGCGGUGGUCCUGCUUGAGGGCACCAUGAACCUGACGGGCGAGACGCAGCCCCUGGUGGAACAGCUGAUGAUGGUGAAACGCAUGCAGCAUAUCCCCACCCCGCUCUUUGUCCUGGAGAUCUGGAAAGCCUGCUUCGUGGGCCUCAUCGAGUCUCCUGAGGGCACGGGGGAGCUCAAGUGGACAGCUUUCACUUUCCUGAAGAUUCCACAGGUUUUGGUGAAGUUGAAGAAAUACUCCCAUGGGGACAAGGACUUUACCGAGGAUGUCAAUUCUGCUUUUGAGUUCCUGCUGAAGCUCACACCCUUGCUGGACAAAGCUGACCAGCGCUGCAACUGUGACUGUACAAAUUUCCUACUCCAAGAAUGUAGCAAGCAGGGGCUUCUGUCUGAAGCCAGUACGAACAACCUCAUGGCCAAGCGCAAAGCAGACCGGGAGCACGCACCCCAGCUGAAAUCAGAUGAAAAUGCCAACAUCCAGCCCAACCCCGGGCUGAUCCUCCGCGCGGAGCCCACCGUCACCAACAUCCUCAAAACAAUGGAUGCAGACCACUCCAAGUCCCCGGAGGGGCUGCUAGGGGUCCUGGGCCACAUGCUGUCUGGGAAGAGCCUGGACUUGCUGCUGGCUGCUGCUGCGGCCACUGGGAAGCUUAAGUCCUUUGCCCGGAAAUUCAUCAAUUUGAACGAAUUCACGACACACCGCAGUGAAGAAAGCAGCUGGGGGUCAGCCUUUUCAUCCUUCACAGCCAAGGCGGCCUCAGUUCGAGCCUUGCUCUUUGACAUCUCCUUUCUCAUGCUGUGCCACGUGGCCCAGACCUAUGGCUCAGAGGUGAUCCUGUCCGAGUCAAACACGGGAGGAGAGGUGUUCUUCUUUGAGACCUGGAUGCAGACUUGCAUGCCCGAGGAGGGAAAAAUCCUGAACCCUGACCACCCCUGCUUCCGGCCCGACUCCACCAAAGUGGAGUCCCUGGUGGCUCUGCUCAACAAUUCCUCGGAGAUAAAGCUGGUGCAGAUGAAGUGGCAUGAAGCCUGUCUCAACAUUUCGGCGGCCAUCUUGGAAAUCCUCAAUGCCUGGGAGAAUGGGGUGCUGGCCUUUGAGUCCAUCCAGAAAAUCACCGAUAACAUCAAGGGGAAGGUGUGCAGCCUGGCAGUGUGUGCUGUGGCCUGGCUUGUGGCCCACGUGCGGAUGCUGGGGCUGGACGAGCGUGAGAAGUCGCUGCAGAUGAUCCGCCAGCUGGCAGGGCCGCUGUACAGCGAGAACACCCUGCAGUUCUACAACGAGAGGGUGGUGAUCAUGAGCUCCAUCCUGGAGCAUAUGUGUGCGGACGUGCUGCAGCAGACGGCCACACAGAUCAAGUUCCCGUCCACGGGCGUGGACACCAUGCCCUACUGGAACCUGCUGCCCCCCAAGCGACCCAUCAAGGAGGUGCUGACGGACAUAUUUGCUAAGGUGCUGGAGAAGGGAUGGGUGGACAGUCGCUCCAUCCACAUCUUUGACACCCUGCUGCACAUGGGAGGCGUCUACUGGUUCUGCAACAACCUGAUUAAGGAGCUGUUGAAGGAGACGCGCAAGGAGCACACGCUGCGGGCGGUGGAGCUGCUCUACUCCAUCUUCUGUCUGGACAUGCAGCAAGUGACCCUGGUCCUGCUGGGCCACAUCCUGCCUGGCCUGCUCACCGACUCCUCCAAGUGGCACAGCCUCAUGGACCCCCCUGGCACCGCUCUCGCCAAGCUGGCCGUCUGGUGUGCCCUGAGUUCCUACUCUUCCCACAAGGGGCAGGCGUCCUCCCGCCAAAAGAAGAGACAGCGUGAAGACAUCGAGGAUUACAUCAGCCUCUUCCCCUUGGAUGACAUGCAGCCCUCGAAGCUGAUGCGGCUGCUGAGCUCCAAUGAGGAAGAUGCAAAUAUCCUCUCGAGUCCCACGGACCGGUCCAUGAGCAGCUCCCUGUCGGCCUCCCAGCUCCACACGGUUAACAUGAGGGACCCGCUGAACCGAGUCCUGGCCAACCUGUUCCUGCUCAUUUCCUCCAUCCUGGGGUCUCGGACCGCCGGUCCCCACACGCAGUUCGUGCAGUGGUUCAUGGAGGACUGCGUGGGCUGCCUGGAGCAGGGCGGCCGAGGCAGCAUCCUGCAGUUCAUGCCCUUUACCACCGUAUCGGAACUGGUGAAGGUGUCAGCCAUGUCCAGCCCCAAGGUGGUUCUGGCCAUCACGGACCUCAGCCUGCCCCUGGGCCGCCAGGUGGCUGCCAAAGCCAUUGCCGCCCUCUGAGGGGCUUGGAGCGACCGCAGGGGCUGGCAGGGAGGGUCCCAGCCCCGGGCGCCUCAGAAAAGGACGUGUGGAAAGAUGAGACAUCAUUGCUCAUAUCCACAUGAUGUAACCGCCCUCGGUCGGUUUCCAGAUCUUUCCCUUGCUCCUGACUUCUGACCUCUAAGACAGCUCCCAGUUUCUUUCAUAAUUUCCUUCCCCACUGCCAGUACCUGAUGCGUGUGAGCAGCCUGGUUCCUUGACUCAGGGCGGUCUCACUGCAGCCCUCCCGCCCGACCCCUGUGCGCGCCUCCCGCUUCCAAGGGUGGGUUUACCUCCGGGGAACUUGAUAGGUGCAGGGUAUAUGUGUAUAUAUGUAUUAUCUCUUUUUACACGAGGUGUGUUCACCUCGGCUGGCUUGUAAAUAAAGACCUCGUGGAUCCCUC